ACCCAUUUGGACACUCAUACUUAUAUCUUCCCGCUACGGUGGCUCCUAGAAUAUAGCCGGUCGCCAUCCGCCGACAAAGAAGGUCCGAAGUUGGAAUGAUAUGGUAUAGCUUGGGCUUGCAGUCAUGAACUUGCUGAAUUCUAUCAAGAUGCAUAACAAACCGCCGCCGCCGUCUCCGCCGCCUGAAUUUCCCGUCUACUGGGUCGAAACUUGUGACUCUGUUUCACGUCACUUCGAGUUUCAGCCAGAUGGUUCUCUAUCUAUGAAUGUAGUUGAUGAUUCUAGAUCAAAGGUUCGUCGCGUGGUUGAAUCAUUCCAGAAUAAAUUUUUUCCAUCUGGAUAUCCAUAUAGCGUGAAUGAGGGAUACCUCAGAUACUCACAGUUCCGGGCGCUUCAGCACUUUUCAAGUGCAGCAUUGUCUGUGUUGUCAACUCAGUCGCUGCUAUUUGCAGCAGGGUUGCGUCCUACACCUGCACAAGCAACUGCAGUCAGUUGGGUACUGAAGGAUGGGAUGCAGCAUGUGGGGAAGCUCAUAUGUAGUAAUUUAGGUGCUAGAAUGGAUUCGGAGCCUAAAUGCUGGAGAAUACUAGCUGACGUGCUGUAUGACUUGGGCACUGGCUUGGAAGUACUUUCUCCUUUAUGUCCUCAUCUUUUCCUUGAGGUGGCGGGUCUUGGUAAUUUUGCAAAGGGAAUGGCGGUAGUUGCAGCAAGAGCAACAAGACUUCCAAUAUAUUCAUCAUUUGCUAAAGAAGGCAAUCUAAGUGACCUAUUUGCAAAAGGGGAAGCCAUAUCAACAGUUUUUAAUGUUCUUGGAUUGGGAGUUGGGAUUCAAUUAGCAUCAACUGUUUGUUCGUCAAUGCAGGGAAAGAUGGUUGUUGGCCCUCUUCUUUCUAUUGUGCAUGUUUAUAGUGUUGUUGAAGAAAUGAGAGCUGUUCCUGUCAAUACAUUAAAUCCACAGAGGACCGCCAUGGUUGUUGCGGAUUUUGUCAAGGCAGGAAAGAUCUCGAGUCCAGCUGAUUUAAGAUACCGAGAAGAUCUCUUAUUUCCUGGGAGACUUAUCGAAGAUGCUGGAAAUGUAAAAGUGGGGCGGACUUUGCACAAGGCUUUUACACCUUCAAAAAUUCGUGAAUCGAAACAAAAAUUUCCAGAGGAGAAGUUCCUUUUAAAUCGUGGGAACAAAUGGACUGACAUGAUAUUAGAGCAAAAUGCUUCUGGUGAAGAUGCAUUGAGGGGAUGGCUAGUUGCUGCUUAUGCUGCAAGUAUGGAGAAAUCCUCCAGCAGGUCUACUCCUAGUGUCUUACAGGACGCUUACGAGAAAAUGAACAGCACAUUCGAUUCAUUUUUGUCUGAACUGCAGUCGAAAGGAUGGCAUACAGAUCGGUUUUUGGAUGGAGCGGGAAGCCGUUUUGCAUGGUAGCAUUUCUCGAUUGCGGAAAUAGUCUAUUUGUUUGAACUGAGUAGUCCAACAGGUUAUGAUGGUUAGAUAAGAGAAUUGUAUUACUUUAGGAAGUUGUGCAUAUCGAUUGAACUAUUUUGUAUAUCUGAGAGAAAAAGCUGAGAGUUCUGAAUUGAUUCCAAGAACACUUUGAUACAGUUUGAAUUUUCAUGUAGGAGCUGUUCCGUA